AUUGGAAAAUACACCCUAGCAGGCACUGUUUUGGGCAAAGGGAAUUUUGCCCGAGUGGAAUUGGCGACUCAUUCAGUCACUGGAUGUAAGGUUGCCAUUAAGGUUAUUGAUAUGCGGAAAAUAAAAGAGGAUUACUUGAAACAAAAUGUAAAUCGUGAAGCUGUUAUAUUAGGACAACUAAAUCAUCCUAAUAUUAUUAGACUGUAUGAAACAAUGAAGGCAACAACAUUAUACUGUUUAGUUAUGGAAUAUGCUCAAAGUCGCGAUAUCCUUACAUUUUUAAAAUCACAUAAAGAACACAGACUUUCAGAAGAUAAAGCACGGCCAUAUAUACGUCAACUUGUAUCUGCUGUUCAUUAUCUUCAUGAACGUGGUGUUUGUCACAGAGAUUUGAAAAUGGAGAAUAUAAUGUUGGAUGCCAAAAAGAAAAAUAUACGAAUUGUUGAUUUUGGUUUAAGUAAUACUUAUACAAUGGAUGAGUUGAUGAAGACACAUUGUGGCUCCCCUGAAUAUGCAGCUCCUGAAUUAUUUGCCGCAGGUGAAAAAUAUGGGCCUGAGGUGGAUAUUUGGGCUAUGGGAAUUAUAUUAUAUGCAAUGUUGGUAGGUAAACUACCAUUC